UUUGAAAAGGCUUUUCUCUUUCUUCUAUCAUCAUUUUCCUCCUGCCAUCGUCCUCCUUCUAUCUCUCGUCUCUGCAAGUUAGGUUUUUUUUUCUCUUCUCAUCUUAGUCCUCACCCACCGCUGUGUCCGCUGGUUUUCGCCGGAUCUGACCCAUAUCCCGUGUGGGAAUCCGUGUCGACACGGUCACUGCACCCCAAAUUGCAGAGUCCAGUUGUAUUGCGAAAUCGCCAAACCAAACCUGAGGUAAUAUUAUUGUUCAACUUCAACGCCUGUGAGGAAGCCUCCACUCCCUAGAAUUCUUCUCAACGACGUGUCUUGCAUGAGAAAUGCACAACAAAUCUUGCGGCACGUGAAUAUGUAGGUUCAUGAUGGUGGAGCACUUGUGUUGACAGGGAGCAACGGCUCUGGCAAGACCACAUUCCUGCGUAUGUUAGCGGGAUUCUCUCGACCUUCUGCUGGUCAGAUACUUUGGAACGGCCAUGACAUUAGUCAGUUAGGAAUCUUCCACCAAUACAAGCUUCAACUAAAUUGGCUUUCCCUCAAGGAUGCAGUGAAAGAAAAGUUCACGGUCCUUGACAAUGUUCAAUGGUUUGAGGUUCUUGAAGGUAAGCAUGGUAAGUCCUUGCCAGCCCUGGAGCUCAUGGGCCUAGGAAGACUGGCAAAAGAUAAGGCAAGAAUGCUUUCAAUGGGACAACGAAAGAGGCUUCAGCUCGCUAGGUUGCUUGCCAUCGAUAGGCCGAUUUGGUUAUUAGACGAGCCUUCUGUUGCAUUAGAUGACGAAGGGGUGAGGUUGUUAGAAUAUAUUAUUGCAGAGCAUAGAAAGAAGGGUGGGAUUGUAAUCGUUGCAACGCAUCUCCCAAUUCAGAUUGAAGAUGCCAUGAAUCUGAGGUUGCCACCUAUGUUCCCCAGAAGGAUGACUUUGGUAGACAUGCUCGAUCGUGCUGACAUUGCAUAAACCAGACCUCUGCCCAUAAGUUCGACCAUAACUCUUCUCCUCCUCACUCAUCUUUGCCUAUUCUUGAUAUCGUUUUAGAAACUUUUAUCCCUAAUGUCCAUUUAUGCCACUGGUUACAUGUCUUGGCGCUCCUUGCAUAUUUACAUGGUGGCUACCAGCUAGAAAUUCUCUCUUAAAUGUCCUAGUACGCUAGUACAAAUUUUUUAACUUAAAUUUUUGAGGGAGAAAAAGAAAAUAUUUAAUUCAAAUAUUUGAUUGAUUUCAUCGCUU